AUGAAGUUGAUUGGUUGUCUGCGUACCGGAAAUUCGGCUUAUAGAGUAGGUGAGGAACAAAUACCUAGUUUUUACCCACCUGCCUUAGAAUUAUCCGGGGUCCUGCUAGAGGUUGAUAGUGAAAUAGAAAAUCUGCAAAAUAUAAUUAUCAGCGAAAUGAACUAUCAGGGAAUGAGCUGUCAGGGAAGUGAAGUCGAUGAAGUGGUUGUCAGUGUCGGUGUUAGAGAAAACGAUAGAGAUGCUUUCGAAUGGUUUCUGAAAGCUGGAAGACAUGGUAAUCCUUUGGGCAAUAAUGUCUACCAAUUUGGAAUGGAUACAAUUGCGGAAAAGAGAAAGGUUCACGAAGUCGGCUAA